AUGAGAUCAUUCCUGCUGCUCUCUCUGGUCGUCGCCUGCGCCUGGGCAAGGUACGGAGUUCCACAGGCGCCGGCGCCGGUUCAGACUGCACCCGCGUAUGCAGCACCAGCACCUCAACCCUUAUAUGCACCACAACCUCUUGUGCUUCCUUACCGCCCUUUCCAUCAUCGCUGGAGCUCCUCAUCCAGCGAUUCUCGUGGACAUCGCCGACGACGUCCUCACAGAAGGACGACGAGGAAACCGAAACGAUACCAUAGUACUCCGAAUUACGACUGCAAACGAUGCAAACCAUUUACUAACUAUCCAGACAGCAACACAGUUUUCAAAUAUGCUACAACGAUGGACGGUUGUGCAUUCGCGUACGUUACGUGCCCUACGACGGAGUCAGAAGGUUACCUAAUCUUCGGCUACUCAUCAUUUGGAUGGGCAGAGGUGCUGGCACAAGGCGUUUACCUCGGAGGAACAGGACUCUAUUGCGACAGAAACAAUCAAUGGCAGGGUGUGACGUAUAACGGGACAACCAAACUUCCAAUUUACGAUGUGAAAUGUUCGAGAUAUACAAUAUCUGUGGAUUCAAAAUCGGUUUUUCCUGAGAAAAUGCUCAAGGCAUGA